CGCGUGUUUGAUCUCGUCGAUCUCGUCUCUGGUUCGUCUGGUUCUUUAUUCUAUGUGUAGGUGUUCUGUCGGUUCUGUGGUCUCUCUACGCGCAUGAUUCAUUUGCGCCUUAGUGUAGUGAUUAUGUGUUGUGCGAUGCUACAGACAGCUUGCGCCAGCUUAGAAGUGUCGAGUCCAGCGCUUUGAAGAACAUGCGUUUUGUGUGUGUACCAUUUCAUCUAGAAAAUGUAACGUGUGUCAACAGACGUGUGAUAAAAUUAUGCUGGGUUUAACCCUAAUCGCUCCAGAGGCCUCGGCGUGUUGUGUAAAAACAGUACGGUGCUUGCUCAUACCGGAAAAUACUCUUUUUAUUGUUAUGAGCCAAGGGCUGUGUUUUUGGCGCGGUUAGGUUUUCGAGUAGUAUCCAGAACUAUUGGCGACAAUGGCCGAGCCGCCGUGUGACAACGUUAUCACCUACAAGUUGGUCGUGGUUGGUGACGGCGGGGUCGGCAAGUCGGCCCUGACCAUCCAGUUCAUUCAGAAACUUUUCGUCACGGACUACGAUCCGACCAUCGAAGAUUCGUAUGUACAGCAUUGCAAGAUUGACGGCCAGGGGUGCAUUCUGGAUGUGUUGGAUACAGCGGGCCAAGAAGAGUUCAGUGCUAUGCGUGAGCAGUACAUGCGCAAGGGGGAUGGCUUCCUGCUCGUGUACUCUGUGACAGACAAGCAGAGCUUUGACAACAUCGGCCACUUCCACACUCAAAUCCUGCGUGUCAAAGACCGUGAUUCGUAUCCCAUGUUGCUGGUGGCCAACAAAGUGGACCUGGUGCACCUCCGACGAGUCUCUGAAGAACAAGGCCGAGAGCUUGCCCAACAGCUGAGGAUAAGCUACAUUGAGACAAGUGCCAAAGACCCACCUCUAAACGUGGAUGCUGCAUUUCAUGAAGUGGUGAGGAUAAUUAGAAAUCAACCGCCACAGGUCAACCAGAAGCGACGGAGAAGGUGGUGGAGGAACUCCCGCUGUGCCCUGCUGUAACGAGCCUGCCAUGUGCCACUGGUGUGACCUUUCCUGAGUGACAGGAUGCAACAUUUUUUUUCCAUUUUUUUCAUCUUGCGGAUCUUUUGAGGAUAUAGUAUGUUAUUUUGAACACCGGGUAAUUAAUUUCGCAGCUAAAGAAAAUCAAUGCAAAUGAGUUCAGGCAGCAUUGGGGUUAUCCUUGGCGUACUUCCCAUAUCAUACUGCGCUGCGAUCUUUUCUUUUUCUUUCUUUUUUCUUUUUUUAAACUGUUGCAGCCACAGUCACUCUUCCAUGUGCAGCUGUUAUGGCCAGUUUUUACCAGCACAGCCAUUUUCUCUAGGCCUCUGUUUGAUUGAGGAGGAAAACAAACCAACCAAAGAUCAGAACAGAGCUCCAUGGCAGUUGCAUUGACCAUUUUCAAAGCAUAAACUGUUGUCAACAAGACCUUGUACAUAACUUGAGUGGCCAUAUUGAAUGAGCACAUCUAUGAGCUUUAGAACUACCCGUAUUGACUUUUGUCAUGUUUUGAUCUCUUCAUUCAACUGUGCUUUUUGUUUUCCAUUAUGCCUGAAUUCAGGAGACUAUGUAUCGGGAUUCGUCUGUGCUUCAUAUAAAGCUUCAACACAAGCAGGUGAUCACAAGAGAAACACAUCCCCUUCAGGAGCUGUGUGCACAAUUGUGCACACCAAGAUAGUGCAUCAAAAGAAAAAGCACUUAUGAAAAUAAUCAUAUCUAAAAUGUGUCGCAGACAUUGUGAAACACUUAUGAUUGGACCUAUGUUGCAAGUUUGAGUAAUAUGUGUAAGUUGUCUUAGUAAAAAAUGAGUUGGAAGGUAGAUGUCUUGGUAUUUGCUCUUAGUAUGUCGUCGUGUAGCGGGUCCACUUUUAGAGUGCGCCUCUUAGGCACCCAUUCCUGGGUAAAGUGUCGGCGCCCCUCGGUGUAACCGCGCGAACGCGGUCGUCAUCGCCUUCUAUCACAGUUGGCCCCGAUGCCGCUCAUCGUGCCAGCAUUCACAUACUGCCCCUCCCUCUGUGAAGGCGCUAACGGCACUGGCCCACUGCCAGUUAUGCUGUGAUUUCGGUCUCAAAUUCAUUGCCUCAGUAUAUCGCGAAAUGAAAAUGCGUAUCGAGCUGCGCUCACAUUUUCCAUUAGGAAGAUCGUAAUCAUUGGACACUUUGUUUCAUUGUUUUUUUACAGUGUUUUACAUACAUUGUGUGUUUCAAGCGGCUGGACCGAUGCUUUUCAAUUGUGCUAGACAUGAAAUAGUUGGUGCCUUUAUAUGAGAUGUUAUAUAGAGUUCUUGCAUGAAGUCCACAUUCUGUAGAGUUGACAAAACUGACUGAAGAAUUUAAAAUUUAUAAUCUGUUAUGCAGCAACACGCUUUUCAUGUUUCUGAAGAUACAGAAAAAUCUGAUAUAACUAGACUAAAUGGAAAGACUCGAUUGAUGCCUGAAGGGGAUAUGGGAUCAAUGCUCUUCUGUCAGGUGUUCACUUCGAGUAAGACAUUUAGUGUCUAAAGCGUGAGAUGGAUGCCGUUCUUUAGUCACUCACUUAGUCACUCACUUGGUGACUUAGCAAAAUCUGUGUCGUUAUUGUUGCUUUUAUGUGAAAAUUUUAUAGUAGUUUUAUGGGAAAGUGCAAUGGAGUGCGUAGAUAUGUACCAUAUGUUAAUGGUGGUUUCCUCAAAUCAUCAAAAUCUGUUAAAGUAUGUACCAAAUUGAUAUAAAUCUCUUUUUUCUUUUUUUUUUCCAUUCUUUUGCGCAGUAGAACUUAAGUUCUCUUGCAAAUGUGCAUGGUUAUACUUUCUUGUUUGCAAAAGAAAAAUGUUAUGCAGUAAGCCAACUUCUGUGCACUCUUGAAAGUAUUUUCCAUAGCAGCAGAAUGAAAGAAAGAGCUAAGGAUUUAAAGUAAUACAGUGCACAGAUCAUUGCAGUAAACUGUCUAAACCUGGGAGGCAAUUCUGUAAGUGUCUACCUAGUGGACAUGUCCAUUUUGUCUGCUGCUGAAGUGCUGAUUGGCUGGGGGUGCCUGUCUCCUUAUGACACGUACCCCAGUCCAGCCAAUCAUAACUCCAGCAGCCGAGGAAAUGUACAUGUCCACUAGGCGAACACUUGCAGAAUACUCCCCCAGGAGCAACUCUACUGAAAGCGUAAAAAAAUUUAUAAUGGGAGAAAUAUGCUCUCUGUGCAGGCAUGUGCUGUAAACAAUCAUGGAGAGUAAUUAAUAAAGGAAAAAAGAGACAUCCACCCGAACGUAGCAAAGUGCUACAAAGGAAACCCAUAUGGGUUUUACGGAAAAUAAGCCUCGAAGUCAAAGAAAAAUUCAUCCUGGUCAAGGACUCAAACCCGGGACCACCGCCUUUUCGGGGCAGCUGCUCUACCAUCUAAGCUAACUAGGCGUCUAGCAGAUGGCAGGGUGAGGUUGAAUUUGUCAACAACUCAAAGUGAAGGCAAGAGUUUGACGUAAUAGUUCUGUGGAAGCCCGCAAGGGCGCGAGUUGUUGACAAAUUUGACUUCGCCCUGCCAUCUGCUAGACGCCUGGUUAGCUUAGCUGGACGACUGGCCCGGAAAGGCGGUGGUCUCGGGUUCGAGUCCUGGGCCAGGACGAAUUUUUCUUCGACUUCAAGGCUUUACUUCGUGGAACCCGUAUGAGUUUCCUUUGUAGCGAUUUGCUACGUUUGGGUGGAUGUCUCCCUUUUCCUUUAUUAAUUACUUCUCUCCACCUUGCGAGCUUCCGCAGAACUAUUACGUCAAACUCAUUGCUUCGAAUUGUUGACAAAUUUGACUUCGCCCUGCCAUCUGCUAGCCGCCUGGUUAGCUUAGAUGGUAGAGCGGCUGCGCCGGAAAGGUGGUGGUCCUGGGUUUGAGUCCCGGACCAGGGUGAAUUUUUCUUCAACUUUGAGGCUUUUCUUUCUUGGAACCCAUAUGGGUUUCCUUUGUAGCAAUUUGCGACGUUUGGGUGGAGGUCUCAUUUUACCUUUAUUAAUUACUUCUCCCCGCCUUGCAGGCUUCUGCAGAACUAUUACGUCAAUCAUUGAGAGUGAUAGCAAUGGCACACAGCUUGUUUGGUGAGCGCUGUGCCCAUUCCACAUGCAUUGCUUUCUGGGUUAGCUUAGCAAGACUCCAUGGUUCCUCCAUGCCAAAUUGGAGCAAUCUAGGAGCUUGCGCAGCUGUUAUCUGAUGACAGCUCCCUAAAUCUGCAAGAGUCUCUAUAAUAGCAGAAAACGCAUUGAAAAUAAUUGUGCAUGUGACAUAGAGGAAAGUGAAAUCUUUUCACGGACAAGUACCUGGUGCAUUCAAUUACAAGUAAGCAAAUUGCAUUGGUAGGUGGUUGGUCACGUGCCACUUGUACACGAGUGAUGACAAAGUUUAUCCAUAGGGCAUGGCUUCUCUUACUCUUGGGAACCAUGGUAUAUAUUAGGUUAUCUCGUAAUUUGCUAUUGUACUUGGGUAACAAUGCAAUUGUAGGACCCUGCGAUUGGGUCCAUCAAUGCUAAAAUAACAUCUUUCAAUUUAUGCCCUUAAGGGACACUUAAAGGGAGACAUUAAAUCAAGCUAAGAGUAGUAGAUUGGGGUCCUAGAAACCCCUCGGUGUUUGUGCCCUGCUCCAAGAGAUAAGCUGCUAAUAAUAUUGCAGUUGACAAGAGCUUGCCCUUUAGAGUGCAGUGGUACUGCUCUGCACCGAUGAUCUCCGAACGCAUGCCCAUCUGAACUCUGCUGUCCACACUGAGUGGAGUGCUGCACAGAGGGGGCCAGUCAUCAUCAUCAUCAGCCUAUAUUAUGUCCACUGCUGGACGAAGGCCUCUCCAUAAAAAUCUCCUAUUACCCCUGUCCUGCACCAACCGAUUCCAACUAGCGCCUGCGAAUUUCUUAAUUUCAUCACCCCGCCUAGUCUUCUGCUGUCCUCGACUGCACUUCCCUUUUCUUGGAUCGCAUUCCGUAACCCUAAUGGUCCACUGGUUAUCUAACCUACGCAUUACAUCACCUGCCCAGCUCCAUUUCUUUCUCUUAAUGUCAAUUAGAAUAUCGGCUAUCCGCGUUUGCUCUCUGAUCCGUACCGCUCUCUUCCUAUCUCUUAACAUUAUGCCUAUAAUGCUUCGUUCCAAUGCUCUUUGCGCGGUCCUUAACUUGGUCUCAAGCUUCUUUGUCAGUCGCCUAGUUCCAGUCUCUGCCCCAUAUGUUAGCACCGGUAGAAUGCACCGAUUGUACACUUUUUUUUUUUUUAUAAUGAUAAUGGUAAGCUGUCAGUCAGGAUCUGACAAUGUCUGCCGAAUGCGCUCCAACCCAUUUUUGUUCUUCCAUAAUUUAUCUUCUCCUGAUCAGGGUCACCUGUGAGUAAUUGACUUAGCUAAACGUACUCCUUCACAGGCUAGAGGCUGACUGGCGAUCCUGAACUCUUGUUCCCUUGCCCUGCUAUUGAUCAUUAUCUUUGUCUUCUGCAUAUUAAUCUUCAACCCCACUCUUAUAUUCUCUCUGUUAAGGUCCUCAAUCAAUUGUAACUCGUUCCCAGUGUUGCUGAACAGGACAGUGUCAUCUGCAAAUCGAAGGUUGCUGAGAUGAUCGCCGUUGAUCCUUACUCCUAAGCCUUCCCAGUUUAAUGGCUUGAAUACUUAUUCCAAGCACACACUGAGGGCCAGUAUGCUGCCAUAAAAUAUUCCAUUGUUGGACAGUGUUGAAAAAGUAGCAUCUGCGAGUUUUUCAACAGGAAAACCUGGUUAGGUUGGCCAGACUGUAUUUCCAUUUAUGGUCAUAUGUAAUGUAACAAUCUUGUUUUAUCGUUGAUCAGCUACUAUUUUACAUUUUAACAAGGGACUUUAGACAUCAUUGGGAUCAGAAAGAAGGUAAACUUUAUUUCAAGAACUCUGGUCCGGCUUUACCUGCUUUGUUCCAUUUGUUGUCAGCCAUGUCGAGGUUUGUGAUCUGUCUGGUAAUGGCUUGUACGUAGUAGGGGCGAGUCCACCACUUUUAAGAUUAUGUAGGCCUACAAGAGAGCACAAGCUUGGCCAGGCAUGCCUCGAUUGCAAGGUGCUUUGGGAGCCGUUUUUGCAUUUUUGCAGUUGUGGUGCAUAUCCUGCCCCGUGUUCUUCAUUUUCUCUACUUCAAUAUCGCUGUGCUUGGCAAGAGUGACAUUUUCAACUCUGUGUUGUAAUCUACCUACUAGCUUCAGUCGGUAUUUUUAUCUUUAGUGCCUCUUUGUGUUACUUAUGUGUUAGAAUCAGCUGUGGAGAAAAGCUUACACAUCAAUAUAUAAUAAAAUAAUAGUUGCUGUGGCUGCUUUGCAGAUAUUUAAUUCUAUCACUCACGUUAUUGCUUGUCAAGUGUGCUGCAUAUUCACAGUAUGGUAGUAGUCUUUGGGCCUUUGCCUUCAGCUUUGCCGAAUGAAGCAGCACCCAUUGGCCAGUGUAAUGUACCUUGAGUGAUCUCAGAUAUGUGCGUGUGGUGUGUAUUUGUACCGAUUUUCGUGCAGUGUUGUGUGAUGCUGAGGUGUCCUAACAGUUUUCUCUCUCAAUGUUAGCCCUGCCCCUUUCUUUUUCAUAUCUUGUUAUGUAUACACAAGCAGCUCACGUUUUCUUGCCUUUAACACAUCUUGAAAUGCAGCUUUAUACUUUCCAUAGCCAUUUGCUUUCUGUGCUCUAAGUUUUGUUCUCACCGAUAAGUGUUUCUCACAGAAGAAGUAAGUGCAACAUAGCUCUUGCCUUGCUUAGUUUUUCUAAUUCUUAAUGCAAGAAGGCAGUCAUAAUUAAACACAGACUUUGCUGGGGGCAUAUUAAACAGCUCGAGCACGGGAGUGAGAUAAGCCCCUGUAGUCUUACCAUCUUGAACUUCACAGUCAAUUUUUUGUUGCUGUAUUUUUGUUCCGUGGCACUGCUGCCUCAUAUCGCUAAUCGUUGUACCACAAGGGUACAAAAAUCAUGAAGCGAUUGGAAUCCAUUCUAUUUCUUUAACCUCCUUACUUAAACACAGUAAGAAAGUGCUUGCAAGAGCCUUUUGGAUUCUUUGUUGGUUUUCAUUCCAAAGGUGCGCUCACUUGUCACAUGUGCAGUUUGUGGCUAUAGCUGGACAAAGCAUACAAUUCUGGGAGGUAUCUGUCUAAAUAUCAGUCAGAGUGGGAUGACACUAAAUGCUAUUUCCCUGUCACUGCACAAUACAUUGUUGAUGACACAGGGUUAGCCAGAUUGCUUGCAGCUAAUUGUCAACGGAGAAAUUACAAUUUUUUACAUUCAUAUCUGCGCAACAUAUGUUGGUGAUAUUUCCUUUUCCAGGCAUUUUUAAAGGACAACAUUGUCUGGCUCCCACCCAACAGUGCAUACAAAGAGUGGUUUAGUUCUGAAUCACUUGAGUGUUCCUGAAGCUCUGCAGUGUUUGCAAAAAAAACUUAUUUUCUCAAGUGUCACUACAGCACUGAAUAUACAUUGUGCCUACGGCUCAACUUUUGACGAGCUCUAAGCAUAUUUUCCCCCUUGUCUGAUUGAACAACUACAUUGCAAUUCAGUAUCUACUGCUGACCUGAAGUAGUGCUGUCUUAUUUUUCUUGAUGGUACAUGCUUCAGCUUUGUACAAUAUUAUUUGCAUCAGCUGUUUCAUGAUGAACCCUGAUAUUUUCAUUUCUGCUUCUUGUCUAGUCUGGCUUGGAUGUUUAUGGUUAAAUUAAUAUAUUUAUUAAGCUUUAUAAUGGCUACAUUUGUGCUGUGUACACCAGUGUUCUUUGGUAAUGUGUGCAUUCUAAGCAUUUUGUUAGAAUUUUAUUUUUGGCUUAAGGUCGGAAUGAACAGAUGAUGCAGAGAGCCGUCUUAGACUUUUGUUGUCCUCUAAGGAAGAAGAUGCCAUUUUUUGUACAUGUGGUUUCCAGAAAUGAAGACCUUGAUGUUGUUGACCUUGUGUUGAAAUGGCGCAUACUCUCGUGUUAACAGAAAUUGAUUGAGGUGAGAGGAUUAUUAGCACACAUUUUAGUGUUACAUAUCAGCUUAGCAGCUGGUUGGUGGUAUUUAUGUUGGCGUGUGUUUUCUUAUUAGUGGUUAAUAAUGUAACUUAUGCAGCUUGUUUAUCUUUACAUUCUCAGCUCUUUAUAAAGUGGUUUGUUGUCUGUGGUACAGAGUGUAAUCUUUAGUUCAUAAAACAGACAUUGUCUUAUUGUA